AUGGAAUAUCCUUCGUCAUCAGCAGCCCACCCAGGUGUCGACGGCCACCCAGCGAACUCGUACAACGGCGUUCAUGAUGCGGACUAUGCCCCUCAGUCAAACAACGACGUAGUCAACUACAAUCCUGCAUUCGACAGCAGCCAGCAGCAAUACAACGAAAAUUACCCAGCCGGUGGUGGUCGUUUCACCGAGGAGUGGGACGCCAGCCAGCGAGGAAGCUCCAUUAUUGACGGAGGGCGCAACGGCGCCGCGCCGCGCACGGGAGGGAGCACGAUGGAGCGCUCAGCUUCGGUCCACAGCUACAAUGCCGGCGACGAGGAACAGCUUUCGACGGGGAAGUUGCCCAGCAGAGGCAAUACCCUUAAGAAGAAGAGCUCGAUGCGCCGCAGCGGCAGCCUGGGACGUGGAGGCAGUCGUCGCAGCGCGAGAGCUGGCAGCGUAAAGAGCCUUGUCCUCCAGUCCUCCUCGGACCGCGACGAGUCCCACAGCGCCUUUUUCUGCCCUGUGCCUACCUCUGGUAACCCCACUGAGAUCCUCAUUAACCGAUUCCAGUCUUGGAGAAAGGUCCUCAAGGAUCUGAUCGCGUAUUUCCGGGAGAUUCAGCACCACUAUGAGCAUCGUGGCAAGGCCUUGAUCAAGCUUGCCAAUACGUCAAACAAUAUCCAGAGUCCGCCAGGCUUCCUCAAGUCGGCUGGUAUUGAUGAUGCGCUUCAAUUCCUUCGGGUGUACAACAAGAACGCCAUCUCGGAGGCCAAUAAGGCCAGGGACAUUGAGGAAGAUGUCAUUCUGGCCUUGACUGGCCUGCGGAGCGAUCUCCAGCAGAAGAUCAAGGAGAUCAAGAAUCUGUCAGGGGAUUUCAAGAACACAGUCGAGAAGGAGAUGGACAGCACUCGCAAGGCUGUCCGCCACCUGCAAGACGUGCUCGGAAAGAAUGAGGCCGAUGACGCCAGCACGACCGGCAAGCAGGACCCAUUCCUCCUGCGUUUAGCCGUUGAUCGGCAGGUAGAGCGUCAAUUGGACGAGGAGAACUAUCUUCAUCAAGCGUACCUCAAUCUCGAGAACUCCGGUCGUGAGCUCGAAUCAAUCGUCGUGGGCGAGAUUCAGAAGGCUUACAACGCCUACGCUGGUAUCCUCAAGCGCGAAGCAGACAAUGCGUACGGUGUCAUCGAGGAGCUCCGCGAUGGCCCUAUCUCAAUGCCCAAGGACCAGGAAUGGAUUCACUUCGUCACCCACGAUGAGCAGUUUGUGGAUCCCACGAUCCCACUCCGUUCUGCUGAGCAGAUUCACUAUCCGGGUCAGGAACAUGUGGCUGCGCAGGAGAUCCGUGCCGGGUUGCUCGAGCGCAAGAGCAAAUACCUCAAGAGCUACACCGCAGGAUGGUACGUUCUAUCCACCACCCACCUUCACGAGUUCAAGUCGGCGGACAAGGGCCAGGCGCCCGUCAUGUCGCUGUACUUGCCCGAGCAGAAGGUGGGCUCGCACUCUACAGGCGAGGGGUCAUCCAACAAGUUCGUGCUCAAAGGGCGCCAGACAGGUACUUUGCACCGCGGACACACAUGGGUGUUCCGUGCCGAGAGCCACGACACGAUGAUGGCCUGGUAUGAAGAUAUCAAGGCUCUCACAGAGAAGACCCCUGAGGAGCGCAACCAGUUCGUGCGACACCACUCUCGCAGCUUGAGUCAAUCCUCGCGCCGAUCGGCCCGAUCGGCUAGCAGCGACGGGCUCAACGACGACGAUGACGAGGAGCCAUUCUCGGCAGGAGCGCAAAUCGACGUUAACCCGGGUCCCAGGGGCGACUCGGCGUCUCGGCGAUCUCAACCAGGUGGGCGGUUUCCAUCUGAUAUCCAAGUCAAUGCACAGCGUGGCUUACAAGCCCCACGAUCGACAUCUAGUUUAAGCUCCAGUGCUCGGGAACAACAGCGCCAGCAUUCGGAUGCUCAGGCAAUCGGUGCCGCCACCGCCCUUCCAGGAUCAGCCAUGGGAGCCGCCGCGUAUGGCCAGUACGAGAAUGAACACGACCAGCGCAACUAUGGGGGGUUUGAUCAAGCUCCUGUUGACGAGCCUUCCAGCGCCGUCAUUGCCAGUCACGAGGCGCAAUAUGAUGGUGUCAACCCAUACACAAGCGAGCCAGCAAGAUACCCCGAGCAUCAGCAACAAGCGCAGGAACAAUACUACCAGCAGCCAAUGCAGCAGCAUGCGCAGCAGGCAGGUUUCAUGGGUCAACAGCAGCCUCAGGCAUAUCACCAAGAUUCGACGUUUGUUGCACCUGUCAUUACUUCACUUCCAGAGCGAACAGCUCAGCCGGCUCAUGUCGAGGAACCACAAGGCAUGAACUCCGGAAGCGAGCCUCCUCUUGCAGAGACCCAAGGUCAACAAGCCAACGGUAGCGCAUAUGCCCCGACUGCGACCGGUGCCAUCCCGAACAAGGCAGACCAAGUGCCUGCACCAGAAGCCUCUGGGUCCGACGUGACCGCGGAUGGCACUCAGGUCGGAGACGACGACCUCCCCAGGCGACCGACCAACCAGACCUCGAGGAACGAGAGUGUGAACACGAUUUCCAAUCUACACGUGCCCGGCGGCUACCCCCGGAACAGCAUGGCAUAG